CUUCUCAUUGGUCAGCGGCAGUAGGUUAAACCGUAGAACGUAUUUUUGUUCCUGUGUCAACGUAUCGAAAAGAAAAAAAAGCAAUAAUCUCCGAGACCGGCCUAACUUUUCAUCGAAGAUAGUUUUCCUUUAAAAAUAAUUGUAUAAAAGGUUCUUUAUAUCUGACACAAGCCAUACAUUCGUCGUCCUUCUCGAAGAUGAACUCUAAUGUAGAGAAUUUGCCCCCUCACGUUCUGCGCCUGGUCUACAAAGAGGUUUCAGCUUUGGCUGCAGACCCCCCCGAGGGCAUCAAGAUCUAUCCCAGUGAGGAGGACAUAACUGAGCUUCACACGUCUAUCGAAGGACCAGAGGGAACACCAUUUGCCGGCGGCAUUUUCCGAAUGCGACUGGUCCUCGGGAAGGACUUCCCUGCUGUUCCACCCAAGGGGUAUUUCCUCACCAAGAUUUUCCACCCAAACGUGGGUCACAAGGGAGAGAUCUGUGUCAACGUGCUGAAGAGGGACUGGAAGGCAGAGCUCGGCCUCAGACAUGUCUUACUUACCAUCAAGUGUCUUCUCAUCCAUCCAAACCCCGAAUCGGCCCUAAAUGAAGAAGCCGGGCGGCUGCUUUUAGAGGAUUAUGCCGAGUACGAGUCCCGUGCCCGUCUCCUCACCGAAAUCCACGCUAUCGGUGGGCCGGGCGGGACCUCCGGGGCGCCUCAGGACCCGAAUGACGGCCCGCAGCCAAAGAAGCAUGCAGGUGACCCUACGAAAAGAGCGGGGCCCAGCAUGGCAGCCGUACCUGCAGCUCUGGGUAAUGGAGCCAACGCGGCCAGUACCACCAGCAGCAACAGUAGUAGUACCAUCAAUAACGUAGCAGGGAAAAAGAAAGCGGAUAAAAAGCGUGCCCUGAGGCGACUUUAACACCUCCACAACAUUUCUGUGUAUGAGUGUGAGCGUGAGUGUAAAUAAGUAUUGAACUGUGCAGAAUUUUUAGUUCUUUUUUUUUUUUUUCUUCCCCUGACUCUUUCUAGACUGUCCCUGUUGUACCUCUGUUUUGCCUCCAGCUCGUUUUAAACCUAUCGGCACUACAGGUUUGUUAAUUACUUCCAUACCUGAAGACACUAUAAAAAGCAGCUGCAGACAGAUUUACACCAGAAUCAAUGAUCUGUAUUCUUCCUUUGAGCCAGUCUGACUGAACGAUGUCAUUUAAGUAUGGCAUUUAAUGUCUAUUAAUGACGCGUGAUUCCUAUUGUUUUGGACUCCAUCAGGUAUUUUUAAAGUGUUUCUUGCUGCUGUGGUGGUACCGUGUACUGCACAGCCUGCCUUGUUCUUGAGUCUGAACUAGGACAAAGUUUUCAAAAUGUGCUUAAAGGAUUUUUAUGGAAAAUUUGCUAAAAAAAAAAAAAAAGUACGCGGGUUCACUAUCGGGAUCGAAACGCUGCGCUGAAGUGAAUUUUUGUAAGCUGUAUUUUUCUUAUAGUCCAAACGUGGUGAAGGUAUGGAAGAAUUAACUCUGGAUUUUGGGAAAUCUGUUGUUUCUUCUUUUUGUUUUUAAAAAAAAUAUCUAUUUUCACUGUCCAGUAUUUUCAAAUCAUUGACAUGUCCACAUUUGGCUGUGUUACGGUCGUGGGGGAUGAUGUCGAGGAGCCGCUGUAAGGGAGAUAAGGGGAUAAGCCUGUUGUCAGUCAUCUUUUAUUAAACUUGCAAAACAUAAAAACAAAACAAAAAAUGUUUGGUUUCAUAUUUGUUUAGGUAGCUUCUGCUACCCAUGGUUCCCCACAAGCAUUAUGUUCACUUGCAGUACAGAAGAUGUCUUAUGUUUUUGCUUCUGAACCACAGAACUGGAAUCGUUUCUUUGGCAGACCUUCUGUUCGUAAAGCAUGUGAGGCCCACAUAUCCUGAAAGGCUCUGAAAAGGUCCCUGUGAUACAUCUGUUACGGGAUCAGCUGAUGGCUGGAUAUUUUGUGUCAGUUUUAAAUUAUUUGAAUUAAUAAAGACAUUAAAAUAUGA